AUGAAGAGGCUGGUGAUCCUGAGGAGGUGCGAGCCGAUCGUGCGGUUCAGCUGCUGCAGCGUGCGGUAUGCCGACUGCCGCCGCAACCAUGCCGCUAGCACUGGGGGCUACGCCGUGGACGGGUGCCGGGAGUUCAUCGCAGAUGGCGAGGAGGGCACCUUCGCCGCGCUCAAGUGCUCAGCCUGCGGCUGCCACCGCAGCUUCCACCGCAGGGUGCAGGUCUACGAGGUUGCAUGGGACUGCGAGUCCGACGAGUCAUCGUCCUCGAGCAGCAGCUAGGCCGCCGCUGUUCCAUGCCCCAUCUGAGGAGCCGCCAAGCUGCAGCUGUGGGUGCAUCAUGUCUAGUCUAG